AUGAAGUUCAACAUCAUUGCCCUGGCAGCUUUGCUGACCACUGCUGCGGCUCAAGGUCUGGGCGACCUGCCUGAUUGCUCGAAAGAGUGUGCCACUGGUGCCAUUCCCCAAAGCUGUGGCAUUGACUUCAAGUGUAUCUGUGAGGCCAAGUCCUUCCUGAAUGAUGUGACCUGCUGCGUAGCCCAAAAGUGCUCCAAGGCAGACCAGGAGACCACUCUCAAGGUCGCCAAGUCCAUCUGCGCUCGUGGCGGUGUGACCAACCUCCCCGAUGAGGUGACCUGUUCCAGCAGCAGCUCCAGCUCCAGCUCCAGCUCGACAUCCACCGGAACCAAGACUGGCACCAACGCAUCGGCCUCGACCUCAAGCUCGACUUCGACCUCAACCGGCUCGACCACCUCAUCAGCCUCCGAUGUCUCUGCCACCAACGCUUCCAGCACUAGCUCCAAGACCUCGUCCGCAUCCUCUGCUUCUGCAGCCGCUACUAGCACCGGCGCUGCCAUGGCUGCUCGCAAGGAUUCUUCUCUCGUGGCUGCUGCUGGUGCCGCUGCCGCUUUCGCCAUCCUUAUCUAA